GGAAAGAGUUAUCAACCCUUAAUCGGAAAGGGGAAUCUGAGAAAAUAACCACGUUUUAAGUAUCUCAUUACACACAAAUAAGUGCAAUUUGCAGUGGCGCCAACAUUCGUCGCAUUUACUCAGAAGUGGAGGGAGUCGCACCCGUGCCACAUCCCGGGGCGUAUACUCAAUCAGGUAAACUUAGCCCAAGGACAGAGAUCUCCGACCCAAAGACACCAGAGUCUGCAUUUGGUAAUUUCGAGUCAUUCUGUGAACACCUUGUUAAUCAGAAGUCUUUCAAGCAUGGAUCUCAACAUCGUAGCUGCUUUCUUCCUUGCUUUAAUUUUACAGUCAAGGCUGACAUCGGGAGUACUGACAACAGUUGACCCACCUACUGAUGUACAGAUUAUUGAUCCUGGACACUUAGGUCCACUUCACAUACACUGGAAGCCUCCACUCAGUUUGGCCGGCAGAAUGAUUUGUAUGGUACGGUACAUGUUGCUCUACUGCAAUGUAGACUCAACUAAUUGUAAGCAUGUAGUCACCGGGCAACUGAAGCACACUGAUGGAUUUAACCUCAACAAGGGAAUCAUUGUGAAAAUCCAAACGUUAGUAAAAGAGCAAUGUGAAAAUGGAUCUGAAAUACACAGCAAAUGGGUCGAGAAAGAGUACUGGCCACACAAAGAAGGUCACAUGGAUUCCAAAGUCAAGAACUUGCAAUGCGUUGUUUACAACAUGCAAUACAUGGAUUGUUUAUGGGAGAAUGGAAGCAAUGUUCCACAUGAUAUCAAUUACAGACUCCAUUAUUGGCAUCACAAGCUGGACCAAGCCAUGGAAUGCAAAACUUACCUUAAAAGUGAAGGUCAUAAUAUUGGCUGCCAUUUUAACGAAGACAGUCUCAUCGAGUUCACUGAUUUCAACAUUUGCAUAAAUGGCUCCUCAGGAGCUCGUUCAGUGAGGCCAGCAUAUUAUGUAUUUCAGCUUCAGGAUCUUGUUAAGCCAGCAGCUCCUUAUAAAAUCAACAUGACUACAUCAAAGAAUGGUAGCAUUUAUCUCCAGUGGGAACCCCCAGCUGGCAAAAUCAAACCUCACUGCCUGGAUUAUGAAAUUCAUUCCUCAGGAAAAGACUCUAUCUGGAAGUCUGAAAAAAAGCUUGAGGAAUCUACCUAUACGUUCCUGCACGUGAAUGUUAAACCAAAGUUCUGUGUCCGUUUAAGAGCCACUGUCAACAAAUUCUGUGCUGAAAAUAGCUUUUGGAGUGACUGGAGCCCUACCCAAUGCUUGCAAGUCCAGAUGAAGCGACUCAACUGA